UGCCUGCGGCAAAUGGCUGGCCGGUGGGUCGCAACCGGAUCUCAGACACCCAAUUACCCAACGGGGAAGCACAUCGUCAUUUGCCCUUGCGCGGCUUAGAGGCACCCACUUUGCACCAACAUGCUUCCCCCAACAGCGCCAGGAAGUGCCCUCAAGACGCGGAACCGAAUCGGACCAGAAGAAUAGGGGCCAAACCGCCCUGCCUCCGUGGAUGAGGUUCUGGCGCAAUCCAACACAACCAGAAGUGCCUUGCCAGUGCCCACAGCCGACUGCCCCGCUGCUUGCAGAUGCACCGUCCCGCAACGCGCAUGCGCUCGUUUCCCUGUGGCAGAGACAGCGCACCGUCUAGACUCGCUCCGGAUGCACAACCUCCCAUGACAUACGGAGGUUCCUGGCCGAGGGUGAAUGGGUCACACAAUCCUUGAAGUUACUCUUCUCCCACAUUGCGGCCAUGGAUCCUCCAGGCGGCGACGGCCCUGACGGCUCGUCCAUCAGACCCGUGUCCUCGCUGCUAGCCAAGUUCGAGAACCUGAACAAAUCUUCUGAUGCCUCACCGCAGACCGGGCCCUCUUCCCGGACUACAUCCCCCGGUCCAGCACCUGUGCCGGCACCGAAGCCCGGGCGGCUACGCGAGGGAGAUGUGAGCCCAUCGGCGGCGCGCGAGCCACCUCCCGUUCCAGCAACACGCCCCAGGGAGAGGCUGAACGUCACAACCGUCGGAACCCCAGCCACCAAUAUUGGACUUUCUACGUCUCCCACACGCCCUGUUCCUCCACCCCUCAGCCCUCGUUCCGCGCAUCCCCCGUCGUUUACCAUCGAACCUCCUCAUUCACCGCCGAAAAUGGGUCUUGGGAUGCCUACGGGCGACCGGCCCGCUUUUGUGAAUACCGAUUCUCUGGUCAAGCCUUCGUCGCCAGCGACGGCAACCAAGCAAUUCAAGAUUCCCAGUCGCCCUCGUACGCCGGUGCUCGAGCCCAAGAGAUCGCCCCGUCUUGCGCCCUCGAAGCCCCCGUCCCCUCCUCCGCCUAGACGAUCCGCGGAGCUAAGACGGGAAAGAGAAGUGAAGGAUGUCAGCAGACCCGUUCCUCCUCCCGUUAAUCGGGCUGAAAAGCCUCUGAUAGGAGCAGCGCGCUUUUCUCUCUUUUCGCAACCUAGCCAGCCCGCCGAUGCGCACAAUCGCGCCGCAGACAAGGUCUCGCCCUUCAGCAGUCCUCCCGGCAGCAGCAGAUUUGCCGAGGAGGAGUCGCCCCCUGCGUUACCCACGAGACCGAAGACGCACUCAGAAAAGUUACAGCGGUCAAGGACGUUUGAGACAGCUGGCGAGCCUUUUGAGCCACCACCGCUGCAUCCUUCAGUCGUGGCCAGGAGGUUAGAAAGAGAGGGCGUCAAUGCUGGGGAACCGGCCAGUCCACAGCAGCCUAGUGACCAGCGACCGGCGCUUCCAGCGCGGCCGGUGAGUAUCAUAGACUCAGGCCGCGCUAUUCAGACGGCUUCAGCACCGCCACCGCGGCCGCCCCGACCAACUGUGAACACUAACUACCCUCACGACGUUGGCUCGCAGAAGCGAGUUGCGUCAACGCCGACAACACAUGCGCCGCCUACGAUCCCAAGGCUCAAUGGCAAGUCUAUGAACAUGGGAGUGGACCGGAUGUCAAGCAGGAUCCCAAGCGAUCUCCGUGCACCCACUGCCCCGGCUACCCCGAUCGAGUCGCGGCCCUCAGACGGCCAACCGGGGGGUUCCGCGAGGGCCGACACGUCUGCACCCGUGACCGCGGCGUACCCGGAUACCUCGAAAACCAACCGGAGCAAGCCUUAUAUCGCAAAAGGCGUGCACGAGAUUGCGACGAACUACGACAGUCGGAUGUUUGAUGUGUGUUGCGGAUUGGUCUGCACGACUGGCACUUACACACGAGCCUGGAGCGUACAAGAUGGCGACCUCGUCAUGAGCCUGGCCAUGGGUGAAGGCAUGAAGGGGACUGCGGUCGCGUUCAAGCCAGGGGAAAACGUUGAUGAGGAGGGCAAACGGGUCUGGAUCGGCAACAGUUUCGGCGAGCUAUUAGAAGCCGAUGUCCUGUCGCAGCGCAUCACCGACAACAAGCCUAACGCCCAUGGGCGGUGUGAAAUCAUCAAGAUAUACAGGCACUUCAACGAAUUGUGGACGCUGGAUGAAAGCGGCACGCUCCACGUCUGGGGUCCCGACGACAGGGGCGUGCCGAACUUGUCCCUGGGUCCCACCCAGUCCUACCGCCUGCCCAAGGGGCAUGUGUUCUCCAUAGUUGUGGGUGAUGAGCUCUGGCACGCGACAGGCAAAGAGAUACGGAUUUUCCUGCCGACUCUCGAGGGGAGGACGCAGUUCCAAGUCCUGAUGCGACCAUUGGGGCAAGACAGCGCAGGCGAAGUAACAUCGGGCACCCUGCUCACAUCAGAACCGGACAAGGUCUUCUUCGGGCAUAGCGACGGGAAAGUGAGCAUCUACUCAAGGAAGGACUACUCGUGCCUUGGGGUAAUGAACGUCAGCCAGUAUAAGAUCAACUCACUAGUCGGAGUGGGUCAGUACAUUUGGGCUGGGUAUAAUACGGGCAAAAUGUCGGUAUUCGACAUGGACCAGACGCCGUGGACUCUGAAAAAAGAGUGGCAGGCGCAUAAGAAUCCCGUCAUCAACGUGGUUGCCGACCGUUCCAGCUUCUACAAGCUCGACCGGUGCCAGGUGGUCUCGCUAGGGGCGGAUAACAUGCUGCGUACCUGGGAUGGGCUCCUCCAAGAUGACUGGUUAGAGCACGAGAUGAAGCGCAAAGACACCGAGUACUGCAGCUUUGAGAAAAUCAAGGCCCUCGUCCUGACAUGGAACGCGGGUGCUUCGACACCCCAUAGCCUGCGCUACUCCGAAUCUGACGCGGCAUUCUUUCAAAAACUCCUGCAGAGUAGCGAUUCGCCAGACAUUAUUGUCUUUGGUUUCCAGGAGCUUGUGGACCUGGAGGACAAGACAGCGACAGCGAAACGCUUUCUCAAGCAAGGGAAGAAGAAAAAGGAGGGCGCAGACCAGGAAAGGAUGAGCCACCAGUACCGCGACUGGCGCAACUUCCUGGUGCAAAUCCUAGACGACUACAUGUCGAGCGGUGGCCUCUAUCACGUCCUCCACACGGCACCGCUCGUAGGCCUGUUCACGUGUAUCUUCGUGAAGGCAGAUCUCCGCGAGCGCAUUAGCAACCUGAGCAGCGCCGAGGUCAAGCGCGGCAUGGGAGGGCUGCACGGCAACAAGGGUGCCAUCGUGGUGCGCUUCAUGGUGGACGACACGUCGCUCUGCUUCAUCAAUUGCCACUUGGCGGCCGGACAGUCGGCGGCCAACCAGCGACAUAGCGACAUCGCGGCCAUCUUGGAAGCGACGCUCCUCCCCGCCGAGCGCGACCCGGCCGUGCGCAUCGACAGCUUCGUCGGAGGCGGCGAUGGCUCCAUGAUCCUCGACCACGAGCUCUGCCUUCUCAACGGCGAUCUCAACUACCGCAUCGACACCAUGAGCCGCGACACGGUCGUCAAUGCCGUCAAGGCAGGUAACCUCGCCAAACUGCUCGAGCGCGACCAGCUGCUCGUCGCGCGGCGCCGCAAUCCCAACUUCCGCUUGCGCGCGUUUGAGGAGAUGCCCAUCUCUUUCGCGCCGACGUACAAGUACGACGUCGGCACGGAUAACUACGACACGAGCGAAAAGCGGCGGAGUCCGGCGUGGUGCGACCGGCUGCUGUACCGGUGCGGGGCCGGCCGCGGGCGGAUCGAGCAGCUGGAUUACAAGCGGCACGAAGUGCGAGUGUCGGACCACCGGCCGGUCAGCGGGCGCUUCAGGUUUGAGGUCAAGAAGAUCAACGCCAAGAAAAGGGCUGUGGCCUGGAUGGAGUGCCAGCAGAGAUGGGAGGAUCUGAGGGCGGCGGAGGCGGAAAGAGAGAAAUUCUAUUAUUUGACCAGGAUAAUUGGCUAUGACAAGACCACAGCGCAGCGGCUGAUUAACCAGCAGUCGUCGAGAAGGGACCAUAGAAGUCCCAGCAGGCACAGGGAAUAAAUGACUGGGCUGAGACAGGACAAUGACGGUUAAUUGGGAUGGUCGAUCCGGGAGACCCUUAUAAUAAUCGUUCCUCAUCGGCCGAUGUUUAGAGAUACAUACCCCUGGAGUUGUUGGGUCACGGGAGUCGAAGAUAGAGGGGGCUCCAACUUCCAUGAAUUGAAUUACACCAGCGGGGGGCUUGAGUUGCUUUUGCUUCCAUUUAAGGUACAUUUGCUUCCGAAGCUGAGCAACGGUGUGAAGGUGAGAGUGGUGUGUCGGAGAAUCGGUCAGGUAACUCGACCGAUCCCGACUGCACUGCGACAGGCAUGAUGUCAUCUAGACUGGGGACGGCUCAUAUGUGGCACUUGGAAGCAAUCCUUCUUGCAGAAGCAGU